ACUGCUUGACAGUAUAUUUUUUCGGAAGACUUCCACUUUUUUCCCAUAUUUUUCCUGAGGUUCUCUAGUUCUUUCUACUAACAACAUUGUACUCUUAACAUGCCUGAAGAUUCUUGUACUGACCGUGCUCUCUUUGGCGGCGCUAUUUCUAGCACUUUCCCUCUCCGUUUCCAGGAUGUCAGUAAUGUGCGUCAAGUUCCUGAUCAUCAGGAGGUGUUUGUGGACCUUGGGCGCGACGAGAGUUUGAUAAUUGAGCUUCUGGAUCUGAAGUUGGAUGUAGCAGACAGUGGAAGUGCCACCUGGUUUCUUCAAGACCUUGCAAAUGAACAAGAUGCAGAGGGAGCUACGAUCAUCGAGCAGUCAGCAGUAUUUGAGGCUCCUGGAUUGUGCUAUAGAAACACGCCUGCUGUCAUCACCACAGCUGUUGGUCAAAUGGCCGUUUCUAAGGGAAGACAAGGUAGGGAAGCACAGAACUUGGUUAAGGUGUACCUGGCAAACCUUCGCCUUAAGGAAGUUGGGACGGAUAUUCUCAUAACUGCAUAUGAGCCUUUAUUAAUAAACCCCUUGAGUGAGAGUGCUAGCUCAGUCGGGGCUGGCGUAGCUGUACCUGCUGCACAAUCUGGAAUUAUGCCGAUGGCUGAGGUUUUUAAACUUGCAGUCUCUAGUUUCAAAGUGCAUGAUUGGAGCCUCUUUGGUACUGCUACUUGAGGGUGUCGAGUGAUUUAAAGAAUCACGAUCAGUCACACAAAUGUAGCAUCUCUUUGUGGAUUAUUGGUCCAUUUUUCAACAGCAUAUCUGUUCUUUGUUAUUCUGUUAAUUGCUUAAAGAGUUCCUGUUGUAGUGGGAUGUAUAGAGUAGUUUGGUGCACAAUUUCUACUUUAUCUUUUGUUAAGGAUUUUGUGUAUACUGCAGUGCAGUCCAUUUGCUUUCCUUGGAUAAAAACAGCAGCCAAUGGGAUCAGA